CGGCGGACUCUCCUCCUAUCACAGCUCGGUGUAGCUCCCGGUGGAUACCCCUGCUUGUCUCAACACCACCAACUCGACCUAAAGGUUUCAAUGGCUGUGGCUUGAUGGGGUCCAAGCAGGCGACUAAGUGAUGGUGUAAGGACUCCCAGUCACAGAGGUGCUUGCGCGGGGAAUGUUGCGCUGGUCGGUGCACCUGGAAGGAGGGCCGCGGAGAGUCAACCAUGCUGCUGUGGCGGUGGGGCACAAGGUGUACUCCUUUGGAGGCUACUGCUCCGGCGAGGACUAUGAAACCCUGCGUCAGAUUGACGUGCACGUCUUUAACACAGUGUCACUGCGGUGGAUGAAGUUGCCUCCAGUCAGGACGGGAGGACAUGAACGUGCCCGUGAAGUGCCAUACAUGCGUUACGGCCACACAGCUGUGCUGCUGGAUGAUACUAUCUACCUCUGGGGUGGGCGUAACGACACAGAGGGGGCUUGCAACGUCCUUUACGCCUUUGAUGUCAACACCCACAGAUGGUUCACACCCAAAAUCACUGGGACCGUUCCAGGGGCAAGGGACGGCCACUCUGCCUGUGUCCUGGGGAAAGCAAUGUACAUAUUUGGAGGAUAUGAGCAGCUGGCUGACUGCUUCUCCAAUGACAUUCACAAGCUGGACACCACCACCAUGGUUUGGUCCUUAAUUAAUGCCAGAGGCACACCGGCACGCUGGAGAGACUUCCACUCGGCAACCAUCAUCGGGACAAAAAUGUUUGUGUUUGGUGGCCGCGCCGACCGUUUCGGUCCAUUCCACUCAAACAACGAGAUUUACUGCCCCAAGAUCAAAGUGUUUGACACAGAGACCAACUGCUGGCUGAGCACCCCUUCCACCCAGCCGCAGCCGGACGGACGCAGGAGCCACUCAGCCUUUUCCUACAAUGGAGAGCUGUACAUAUUUGGAGGGUACAACGCCCGUAUGGACCGGCACUUCAACGACCUCUGGAAGUUCAAUCCAGAAGCCUUCUCCUGGAAGAAAGUUGAACCAAAGGGGAAAGGCCCGUGUCCUCGGAGGCGGCAGUGCUGCUGUAUGGUCGGAGAUCGAAUCAUUCUCUUCGGGGGAACCAGCCCCUGUCCAGAGCAGGGAAUGGGAGACGAGUUUAACCUCAUGGAUCAUUCAGACCUGUAUAUCUUAGACUUCAGCCCUAAUUUGAAGACGCUAUGCAAAAUAGCUGUUAUUCAGUACAGUCUGGAGCAGUCGGGACUGCCACACGAUAUCAGGUGGGAACUGGCAGCCAUGACUACCAACAGCAACAUCAGCAGGCCCAUCUUCUCCUCCCACGGCUGAUGCAGCUGAAUGUGAAGCAGAAUCUCCGUUUCAGGACUCUGGGCCUUUUUCUUUUUAAUCACUUGAGCUGCAACGGACUGUUUUUUGUUUUUUUUUUUUGUAUAGUUUUGGACUGGACGUCGAUCCAAUUUAUUUCCCACAUUCUUCAAAUGAAAAACUCUUUACUGACCAAAAUGAUACUUCCUCGGACACGGUCCACGGAUACUUUUACCCUUGAGGACAGUCGGUCGCGUCAGAAAGUUUCUGACUCCCGUUCACGUUUUUUUUUUUUUCUCUCUCUUCUUUCUAGCCUCUUAUAAAAUCCAAUCAGCCUAUGAUAAUCAUAGACUUCUAAUCUUAAGCACAGGAAGAGUCGAGAACAUUCAGCCAAAGGUCCUGAGCGCUCCCCUCCGUGUUGAGGAAGUCACCCCGAUGUCACACUCGGCAGACCUCGCCCACGAGACAGACGUGAACCUUCUGUUGCAGAUGCGAAGGGACUGAGAGGAUCGCCAGUUUGUCUCUCCUGCAGCUCCCACUUAGUGAUAAACAUUUAGAGUCUAUUUCCAUUGGGCGGACAGGCCGAACUCAUUAACAAGGAGGCAGUAUAUAUCGGGAGUGUAACGUGUGUAAGCGGUCUGUUUGACUGGUUUUUAAUGCUUCGCUAUUAUCCUGCUUCAUUAUAACCACCGCUCUGCUCUCGAGUGUCUCUGAGGUGAUUUGCGGGGCAGCAGAGGAGAGCCGUCUGCCUUGUGAGAUAAUCAAAUCCAUCUACCUCCCUCAAACCACAAGCAUCAUCCAGCCUGUCGGCCUUCCCCUACAUUAAGACUUCUACUUUUUCCCUGAAAAACAAAACACAACAAAAAAAAAAAGCCUUUUCGCAGGGAAGUGGGUAUUUGUGGUCGUCUUUCGUAUCUUUCCAAGAAAAUGCUGCAGUGUCACUGGAGUGGCGCCACUCCACUUCCCCCCCCCCCUUUCUGGUUUCUUUUUCAGUGCCAAACUGUAGAAGGGAGUCAUAAUGCAAAACGUAUACUGUGUGUGUAUGUGUGUGUGUGUGUGUGUGUGAGUGAGCAUGUGGUCCUGUCUGCACACAGUCCGAGUCUGCUUCACUUCACCUCACCCCCGAUGCCGGGGGGGGGGGGAUCGUCACUAAUAUGCAUAAUGUAGUUCAUCUUCUAUAGACAAUCCUACAGGCUCUCCUCCAGACCGGCUCAUCAUGCGCAGUGCGGCAAAAAAAAAAAAAGAGGAAAAAAAGCCGUGCACAUGUGUCUGGCGUGCACGUACACGCAACGUAAAAGCAGAGCAGCAGAUGUUCCUGAUGCAUAAGGGCUGUUAUCAGACGUCACAACUCACAGCG